CCAACGAGGCGCAGGGGGCGGGACGACUCUCGGCAGCGCCAUCGGGCGCCUUCUAGUGGCAACCGGUUUCGAGGCCGGCCUCACGCUUUGAAGCUCAGCACCGCGUCUCCUUCCCUCUCGCCUCAGCCUGGCUCACCGCACAGCGCCAGGCGAGAGGCGACGCCUCGAGGUAAAACGGAGGAGGUGCAGGACGGGGAGCCUGCGAGGAGAGGCCAAGGCUCUAGGCUGCGAGGGCGGGUGCGAUGGCGGAUGAACGGGUGAACUGCAGCGCCGGCCUGGACCCCGACUUUAAGGCCCCGGAGACUACAGAACGUACGGCUUCCUCUGUGGGGACCUGCGAAGCCGCCGCCAAAUCACCGGAGCCCAAGGACAACGACAGCACCUGCGUGUUCUGCCGGAUCGCAGGGCGGCAGGACCCAGGCACCGAACUCCUGCACUGCGAGAAUGAGGACCUAGUUUGCUUCAAAGAUAUCAAACCAGCAGCAACUCAUCAUUAUCUUGUGGUGCCAAAGAAGCAUAUUGGAAACUGCAGAUCUCUAAGGAAAGAUCAAGUAGAACUGGUUGAGAACAUGGUAACUGUUGGAAAAACCAUUCUUGAAAGGAAUAAUUUCACUGACUUCACAAAUGUGAGGAUGGGUUUUCAUAUGCCUCCAUUCUGUUCUAUUUCCCACUUGCACCUUCAUGUUCUGGCACCAGUGGAUCAGCUUGGCUUCUUAUCCAAAUUGGUUUAUAGAGUCAAUUCCUAUUGGUUUAUCACAGCUGAUCAUUUGAUUGAAAAACUAAAAACAUGAAAAUGUCAACAGUAGAAGAUUUUUCUAAUUUUGGCUCAGCAUGAAGUAAUGUUUAGGUCCCUUUUAAGUCUAAUUGCAAUUUAAGGUUUGUUGCGUUUUAUGAGAGGCUAUUACUGAGUGGCCUUAAAUCUUUUCUGAAUGUCUAUUUCCUGAGAUCUGUGUUACAGUUAAAAGAAUAUUUUGUUACUGACUUCUUUGUUUCAAUGAUUACUUGUUUAAGGAUUAUAUAUAUAUGAUACUAUAGAUAAAAUCCUAUUUAAGACAAAUUCUGUUAAUCAAGAAGG